CUCUUGUGUCAGACUUGAUAACAUCAGUGGGCUAUAAAUAACAGGAGCCAAUAUCUCCCAACUAAACAGCUAGAACAGCUUACAUACCUUGAGAGAGCGAGGAACUUUGAUUUCAACAGAUAGUAUCAAGCUUCUAAGAACGAAGACACUCUUAAUUAACUGGAUAAGAAUCGUACAAGUACUUUGGAAAUAACGCAAUGGACUUUUAUUUGGCUUUUGGUUUUACUCUCGUCUGCCUUGGUUGUUCUUGGAGCGAUGCUAGGAGCAUCAAAGCGAAGAUCCAGCACGAAGCCGAUCCAAGACAGGGUUAUUUAUGGGAAGAUGCUUGUCCACCAAUGCCCAUCACUGACGAUGCGAUCGCGAGGGACAGGAACUGUACCGACACAUGCAAUACUGAUGAUUACUGCACGGGAAGACAGUUAUGCUGCUUGUUUGACGGAUGUAGAACUUGUAUGGAGCCAGUCCUUCCCCCUGCAGUGAUUGAUUGGUUGGGAAGUWCAAACCGAGGAUACACCAACCCAAUCGACGAAGGCGAACAGGAAAACACUAUCAUUCUAACCGAACCUCACUACGAGGAAGUAGAAUGUGUACUGGAUGGCAAGACCUACACAAAAGGAGUGUUCUACCAGGGCUGUAGAAAAUGCUUGUGUAAUGUUGGAGGAUUUAUCACUUGUGAGCUACAGUGCAAAGGAGAUAAAAAGAAAAUACCAACCGACGAAGAAGUUUCGGGGUCUGGGGAGGAGGAUGACACCUCAUCAGGCAAUCCACCAAUGAAACCUGAGCAUCUAAAUCAAAUAUUUCCAGUCAGUUACAGUGAGGACAUCAAAARGUUUAUUCGUCCUGAUCCAGUCCACCUUGCAUUGGAUCAGCCUCAAUCAGAYAUUGUUACACUUCCGGAGAAUAGUGGAGAAAGCGAAAGUGGAGACGAUGAGAAAGGAACUCAUGGAAGCGGCGAUAGCAACAUUGAAMUAAUGAAACAAAAACAUUCAAUAAAUCAUCAURAAAUAUCCACASUUCAUGAGGUAGUCGACCAAGUGCCAAAAGUUGAAGACAUCUUUUUGGUUCGAUAAGUWRGGCAGUAAAAAACGAUAAAAUAGCGAUGAAAACACAGAAAGGACCUUAGYCAAAACUAUAAAGGGWUCUCCAUCAAAAGGACAAAAGGGAUCUCCAUCAGCAACAUAGAAUGGUUAUCUAUCAAGAUACAGAAACUCUUCAUUAAAAAAAAACAUUUUAGAACAAUUGUACUAAAUGCAAUUAAAAAGACAUUUGMAUGGAUUAUAACCCAAGAAAUAUGAAUCGCAGAGAUCAGUAACGCCACCGAAAGUGACAUGGRCUGMAAAAUAUGACAUUUCUGAUCAAGGCAGCAAGACAUAAACAUCGAAACGUACAAUGAUAUAUAAAUACGCUAAAAGAAAUAAUAAGAAAGUUAUCAGUUGUGUGCAACGUGAAACUAACAAUGCUAUGACGUAUAGCGCACAUGUAGCUCGUGUCGAGCCAAAAAUGACGUCAUUGACAGGAAAACACGUCACGAAYACAGKAUGGCGUCACUAUACUUAAUKACGUCAUUUUACUUAAACACGUCAUUUCCAAAAAAUGACACUUUUUUAUUUAUAAUGGAUAACAGCAUGGUGUAAAAUAAAUUACAAUACAAGAUA